AUGACUUCUCCUUCAGAAACGACAACUUCCUCAAGACCGAUCGCCAUCUCACCGCCUAAAAAAUCUAGUUCUGCCGUUGAACACUCACGGAAUCGAUACCGUUCUCCUAAUCCGGAAAGGAACAUGCCAGCUUCAAUACCUAUAAAUAUACCUAGAAUGCCACCUUCGAAUCCUUCUUCUUCCUCUUCUCCUUCAGCAACAACAGCAGCUGUCUCUGGGCAACAUCGAUAUGGAGGGGACCUCCCUUUUCCUGGUCGCCCUUCUUCCGGCCCUCGAGAAAGAGGGGAAUCACCUUCGUCUGGAAGAUCCCCGACGAUCUCUUCCUCAUAUUCUCACAAUAGAUCACAUCCUUAUCCGCCUCGUAGACUGUCAUCCAAUUCUCAACCUGAACGAGAAAGGGAAAGGGAAAGGGAAAGAGAUGUCACAUUACCCAGAAUACAUUUACCACCACCCAAUUCACUUGGAUCAUUGAAAUUUCCAGAAAGAGACAGGGAAAAUAAUUAUCAACAUCAAUUAUCUCCUUUAGAAAGAGAAUUCCCAUUAUCAAUUCAGAGUCAAAACGAGUCAUCGUCAGCUUCUGCAUCUUCUUGGAGAAAUCCAUCUGGAUCCGACAGACCAGUAAUAAAUAGAAUACCUUCUGAAGGAUCAAUAGGUAAAUCAGGUGGUAUUUCAUUACCCCCUUUACAUUCAAUUUCAGGUUCACCAAUACUCGCACCACCUUCUUCUUCAUUAUCGAUGUCGAUAGGUAGUAACAAUCAUAUGCCACCACCAAACUUUGAUUCAUCAUCCUCGUCAGGCAGAGCUAGUCCAAGAGGUUAUUCCUCAACGAAUAUAUCAAGACAAAAUUAUGGCCCAUAUGAUACUCAUCGUUCUUCUCAAAGAAGGUCGCCAGGUGCAAGCACAAAUGCAGGUUCAUCAAAACUUCGUGACCACGAGAUCCGCCAGUCCCAAUCUCGUCAUUUACGUGAACCUUCAAGGGAGGAAUUGUUUCAUUCAUCAUCCCGGCGAGGAUCACUACCUCAUUCGACUGUGCCUUUACCCAAUCAUUCUUCUUCACAUCGCUAUCAGAACCAGAAUCAACAUCAGCAUCAGCAUCACUCACAUGCAUACGAAAUUCCUUCACCACCGUUAAGAGCUUUACCUCCUUCUUCGAUGCCGCCUGUAUCUUAUGUUUCGUCAUACGGUCAUAGAUCUGCUCAAGGUAGUGGCAGCUCUUUGGCUAGAUCAAGAAGUCAUUCUGCCACUUCUGGGUUUUCAAGACAUGGAAUGGACAUUGAUGAGAGUGGAGCAAGUGAAAUAGCUCCUACACCAGGUCAAAGUAGAAGAUUAGCCCAUUUGAUGUCUGAACAAAAGCGAAGAGAAUCUAUUAAUUCAGGAUUUCAAGCUCUACGUCAAGCUUUACCGUCAUCUUUACCAACUGAUUCAAAGGCUAUAAUACUGCGCAAAGCUGUAGCUCAUAUCACGCAUCUUGAAUCUAUCGUGAGAAGAUCGGGUUUACCUUAUAGCCAAUCUCCCCCUGGACCAAUGACCGAUUGGGGUCCAUCUGAAGAAGCUCGAGAUGACGAGGAUGACAAUAGAGUCAAAUGGGAGGAGGACAGGUGA